AUGACUGCCGCUCUAAAUGGACUACAUACGAAUGUCGCCCAGCUGCUCAUCACUUCAGCCAUCGGUAUUGACCUCUGUUUGAAUAAUGGUGCUGGACAAUCCGCCUUCCAUAUAGCCAUGGACUAUCGUGAUCAGGCUGUCGCUCGCCUCCUAGUUGACAAAGAUGAUAAUAUCGCCGUACAGGUACGCUUCUGCAAUUUAUCUCUAUUUGGUUGUUAG